GUGUGCUUCUCCGCAGCCCUGUCUCCUAUCUUGUCCUGUUCUGGCUCGUCUCCUUAACACUGGGUGAGCUAAAAAGCCAAAAGGGUUUGGAGACGAGGCUUGACGUUCCCACCUGAGCUCCCCGACCCCCGGCGAUCCUAUUUUAUCCGCCCUCCACCCACCCCGGCCUGUCACUUUCUCCAGCUUGCUGAUUUUGAUUUUUCUUUCUCUAUCGAUUGGCUUUGCUUGUACGGCUUGGUACAGUUUCAGAGCAAAAUGCCUCUGGGAAUCCUCGAAGACACCAAGCUGGAGAACGUUCCGGGCACUGCGCCCCUGAACGAACUCGGCCACGACACCACCUACACCGGCAUCGACCCUGCGUUCCUCAAACAUGACAAGACCGGCGAGAUCGUCCUCGUCCCUCAGCCGUCGGACUCGCCCAAUGAUCCCUACAACUGGCCGCGCCUGAAGAAGGAGCUCUUCACCAUCACCUUUGGCUGGGGCUGCGGUUGUACAGGAGCCGUUGGCCCUCUUCUCGGUGCAGCCUUUGUCCCCCUCGCCGCAGACUUUGGCGUCCCCCUCAACACCUUCGUCUCCGGCGUGCAGGGCGGCAUGAUCGCCGCCAUCGCCGUGGGCAGUCUGAUCUUCAACUGCCUGGCCGUCAAGUACGGCAAGCGGCCCGUGUACCUGAUCACGACGCUGGGCAUGAUGGUCUCUUGCUUCUGGGCCGCGGCGGCCAAGAGCUUUGCCUCGCUGGUUGCGGCGCGUGUCGUCUGUGGCCUGUGCAUGGGGCCGUUUGAGGCGCUGGUCCCGGCGUCCAUUGCGGACGUCUGGUUUGUGCAUGAACGUGGGUUUCGCACUGCGGUUUUUAAUCUGGGUGUGCUUGGUGGGAUUAAUCUUGCCACGCCGAUUGCUGGUGCGGUUAUCGAGUACGGAGACUACCAAACCUGCCUCUACGGCAUGGGCGGUGCUUUUGGCCUCGCUUUGAUCAUGGUCAUAUUCUGGAUGCCUGAGACGGCUUACGAGCGGACAGACGCCCUGAGCAUCGACACUGGCCACGAUCUGACAAACCUCGAAAACAAAACAGACACAAAGCACCUCGAAGCAACCAGUCCUCCCAUCGUCAACUCCAGCACCGAAGAACCAAUCUCCUACACACGCUCCCUCCUCCCCUACAGCGGCUACGUCAACCACAUCUCCUUCUGGAACACGCUCAUCCGCCCCUUCUACCUCAUCGCCUCCCCCGCCGUCUGCUGGGCCGUCGUCCUCUUCACAACCUGCAUCUCCUGGCUCGUCCUCAUCUCCCUUACAAUCUCGCAAAUCUUCUCGGCGCCCCCGUACAACUUUUCCGUCGGCGCCGUGGGCGCGACAAACGUUGCCUCGUUUGUUGCUUCGUUGAUCGGAACCCUCGUCGCAGGGCCCCUCGUCGACGGCGUUGCAACCCGCCUCGCAAAAAUGAACAAAGGAAUCUUCGAGCCCGAGUUCCGCCUCCCCAUCAUGAUCACCUACCUCCUCUUCACCGCAACCGGCUUCUUCGCCUGGGGCCAGUCCCUCUACAACCUGGACCCCUGGCCCAUCCCCGUAAUCGUCUGCCAGGGCCUCAUCAACCUCGGCGUGCAACUGGGGACCACAGGUGUCGUGACGUACGUCGUGGACUGCCACCGCGAAAAGGCGGGCGAGGCCUUUGCGACGAUGAACUUUAUCAAGAACCUGUUUGCGUUUGGGCUGACGUUUUAUGUUAAUGGGUGGAUUGAGAGUCAGGGGGUGCGCAAUUGUUUCUAUACCAUUGGUGGCAUUACCAUUGGGGUUACGCUGCUCACUGUGCCCAUGUAUAUCUGGGGGAAGAGGGCGAGGAGCUGGGUGCAUCGGCAUCGGAUCGCGGACAGGCUGUAGUUUUCUCCCUUUGCUCUGGUCCUUGCUUGCUGGCUGGCUAGCUGGCCUUGGUAGGUAUGUACCUUGGCUUUGGCUUGGC